UGGGUGGGAGCGCUGUCUGGUUUUGGCGUUCCGCGCAAUGCUGCGGCGGGGAGACCGGGAGCUGACACAGAGACACUUGAAUUAGCUUCAGCAGAAGAGAAAUGGAGGAGCCAUAGAACAUUAAGGAUGAAUUCAGGAAGACCCGAGACCAUGGAGAACUUACCGGCUCUCUACACUAUUUUCCAAGGAGAGGUUGCUAUGGUGACAGACUAUGGAGCCUUCAUCAAAAUCCCAGGCUGUCGGAAGCAAGGUCUGGUCCAUCGAACUCACAUGUCAUCCUGUCGUGUAGAUAAGCCCUCUGAGAUAGUAGAUGUUGGAGACAAAGUGUGGGUGAAGCUUAUUGGUCGAGAGAUGAAAAAUGAUAGGAUAAAAGUGUCCCUCUCCAUGAAAGUCGUCAACCAAGGGACUGGGAAAGACCUCGACCCUAACAACGUUAUCAUUGAACAAGAAGAGAGGCGGCGGCGGUCCUUCCAGGAUUACACUGGGCAGAAGAUCACCCUCGAGGCUGUCCUGAACACCACCUGCAAGAAGUGUGGCUGUAAAGGCCACUUUGCGAAGGAUUGUUUUAUGCAACCAGGAGGGACCAAAUAUUCUCUGAUACCUGAUGAGGAAGAGGAGAAGGAAGAGGCAAAGUCAGCAGACUUUGAGAAGCCUGACCCCACGAGGAAUUCUUCUAGAAAAAGAAAGAAGGAAAAGAAGAAGAAAAAACAUAGAGACAGGAAGUCGUCUGACUCGGACAGCUCAGACUCUGAGAGUGACACAGGCAAGAGGGCAAGGCACACAUCAAAAGAUAGCAAGGCAGCAAAGAAGAAGAAGAAGAAGAAGAAGCACAAGAAAAAGCACAAGGAGUGAGAGUGGAAAGAGUAGAGGGGGUGGUUGAGAGGAGGAGGUACCAGGAGCCUCGUGUCUUAAGCCCUGGCUCCCAGACUGACUCAGUAGUGCAAGUACGACCUCCCACCCCACUGACUCCUCAUCCACGGGAGAUGGCUUCCCCUCAUGCAGCAGGCAGGUUUGGGAGUUAGAUGUCAAAGCAUCUGCCUGAAUGACUUGUUAACUUAUCAUUCCUGGUCCCUUUGCAAGUGACCCCUGCAGCUCAUCCAUUCAUUCACUUCAACUUCCUUCAUUCGGCAGGAGGUCCUGUUACCCUCUCCAGCUGCCACUGCCAGAGCCAGAUUCCUGCACAGGAGUCCAGGUUGCAGCCACAGGUACUGCUGUGGAGGCAAGUCUGGCUGUAGUUGGAACAGGGAUGGGCCCCUCCCUGUUGGGUCCGCCCUGGGCUGACUGGUGAGUGAUCCCUGCGGCGUGUAACACAGGCCAAGGGAGACCAGCAGGAUGAGGGAGAAUAUGGUAAGAAGUGGUGCUCACUUUUUCCACUCCCCCUAACGUGAUUCUCCCAUGCUACAAGUAACAGCCAGAAAACCGUUGUUUGCAGUGACCGAGCUUGUGUGUGACUUCUGCCAGACCACUGAACCAGACAGCUAAAGCCAAGUUCAUUGCUUUACUUUGUAUUUACUACUGUGUGAGUCACUUGGUUCCACUUCAGGUCUCUGCUUAAAUUCCUGGCACUAAAUGGAAGUGUGUUUGGUUUUAAA